GUCUUCUCCAUGCGGCUCGGGCUAUGACAGCCUCCGUGCUCCUCCACCCCCGCUGGAUCGAGCCCACCGUCAUGUUUCUCUACGACAACGGCGGCGGCCUGGUGGCCGACGAGCUCAACAAGAACAUGGAAGGGGCGGCGGCGGCGGCGGCAGCGGCGGCAGCGGCGGCAGCGGCCGGGGCUGGGGGCGGGGGCUUCCCCCACCCGGCGGCCGCGGCGGCAGGGGGCAACUUUUCGGUGGCGGCGGCGGCCGCUGCGGCGGCGGCAGCCGCGGCCAACCAGUGCCGCAACCUGAUGGCGCACCCGGCGCCCCUGGCGCCCGGCGCCGCGGCCGCCUACAGCAGCGCGCCGGGGGAGGCGCCCCCGUCGGCCGCCGCCGCUGCUGCCGCCGCCGCCGCCGCCGCCGCCGCCGCCGCUGCCGCGUCGUCCUCGGGAGGGCCCGGCCCGGCUGGCCCGGCGGGCGCUGAGGCCGCCAAGCAAUGCAGCCCGUGCUCGGCAGCGGCGCAGAGCUCGUCGGGGCCCGCAGCGCUCCCCUAUGGCUAUUUUGGCAGCGGCUACUACCCGUGCGCUCGCAUGGGCCCGCACCCCAACGCCAUCAAGUCGUGCGCGCAGCCCGCCUCGGCCGCCGCCGCCGCCUUCGCAGACAAGUACAUGGAUACCGCCGGGCCAGCGGCCGAGGAGUUCAGCUCCCGCGCUAAGGAGUUCGCCUUCUACCAGGGCUACGCAACCGGGCCUUACCACCACCAUCAGCCCGUGCCUGGCUACCUGGAUAUGCCGGUGGUGCCGGGCCUCGGGGGCCCCGGCGAGUCGCGCCACGAGCCCCUGGGUCUUCCCAUGGAAAGCUACCAGCCCUGGGCGCUGCCCAAUGGCUGGAACGGCCAAAUGUACUGCCCCAAAGAGCAGGCGCAGCCUCCCCACCUCUGGAAGUCCACUUUGCCCGACGUGGUCUCCCAUCCUUCAGACGCCAGCUCCUAUAGGAGGGGGAGAAAGAAGCGCGUGCCUUACACCAAGGUGCAAUUAAAAGAACUGGAACGGGAAUACGCCACGAACAAAUUCAUUACCAAGGACAAACGGAGGAGGAUAUCAGCCACCACGAACCUCUCCGAGCGGCAGGUCACAAUCUGGUUCCAAAACAGGAGGGUUAAAGAGAAAAAAGUCAUCAACAAACUGAAGACCACUAGUUAAUGGAUUAAAAAAUGGAGCAAGAAGGCAACUUGAAGAAAUGCUUCAGAACUCGUUGCUUUGCUCAGAUUAUGAAAAUAAUGUUAAAUAAUAAUCGAAGAAUGGGAAAGAUAAAGAGAGAUACUGACAUUUUGCUCUCCUAGGGGAGAACUCUUUCUCUUUAGUGGAAUCUACAACUGUUUUAAAACUUUGUGAAACGAUAAAGACUGCCAACUCUCCCGCCAACCCCACCAGCCCGUUAAGUGACAAAUUCUAGUCAAACGUCAACCCCCAAAUACGCAAUUUCAGAUAAGUUACGCAGUUACUGAAAUCUUGUAAGUAUUUAUGUGACUGUUAUAUUUUAGGACACUGUGUUAGGUGGUAAUAACCUAAAAGUUGGUUACAAAAGCAAGAGGCGGUUGUAAACAUCUGCUUGUCCUUAGGUUGCCAUUCCCUUUGCAUGUUAAGUGCCUGCUCAGGUAAAUCUUAGUGAAAUUUCUACUAUUGUUGUAUGUCCUGCAAAAUGUUCUAUGUAUAGAUUUAGAAGGGAAAAGAGAAGGUACUGCAAUAAUGAUUUUGGACUAUUUGCUAUGAAGGAAGAAAGGGAGAGAAAGCUCUUCCGAGGAUCAUUUGUCUUGGUAGUAAAAACAAACAUCUGAACCUUUGAGGCUACAAGGGAAACGGGGGUUGUUAAUGUCCUUCUGAGAAUAAUUUUUAAUUGCUUAUAACAAGCAUAUUUUGUGGCAUUUGGACUAUAUUUACUGCCCCUUAUCAGUUAUUUUCCAAAGGAUUUGGUAUCUUUUUUAUAAAUGUUUAAAUCAUCACAUGAUCCACAGGAUUCACAUUAUGUCAGAUCUCCCAGGGGGUCCCACCUCAACGUGGACUUUGGUUUAAACACAAUUUUUUUUUCAUUUAAAUUGGCAUUUCCCAACACUUGCUAACCAAUUUUACUGGAGAAAUCAUUUUCCUUUCUUAUUUUUUAUAAAACUCCAUGAACAUCUAUUCCGUCAAAACAUUUAGUUAUCGACAUUCUUUAUUUUGAUCUAUUAAGGCAUUAGUAUUUUUCCUUGUUUAUUGUGUUAUCAGACUGCAUUAGAAAGAUUAGGGAUUCACUUCUCAGCACAUUUUUAAUCAAGCAGUUAUUUCAACCAGCACAUUCGUUUUGUUCCUAUUCACUAUAAAAUGAUAUCUUGUAAAUAAAGACAUUCAGCACACUGUGAAAAUGUAUUUGUGCACCUACUUUUAAAAUAUUUCUACUAAAAAUGAAAAAAACUUAAACCUGUAGAUAGUGAUAUUGGUAUUAAUUCUGUUAAUAAAAUAGUCACAGCUAUUAAAAUCUGAAGGAAAUACUUAUUACUUUCCUAUGCUAAACAUGCACUGCACAGAAAGAAAAGGAGCAGGUUUGUCUUAUAUAAACCAAGGACCAUUCUUUUCUAUUACAGCUUUUUUUUUUUUUGGGUACAAAAAUUUUAAUUAAAGGGAGAAAUCCCUCAUAACUGAAAUCCUUUAAAUGAUAAGGGCUUCAAGGAGAUUAAAGUGUCAGACAUUCUGAAAGGGAGAAAAAAGAAAGGAGGAAGAGAUAGUAUAAAUUCCCAGGCUCCCUGUGGAAAAUGAAAACCAGUUGUUUUGUAUCAGCAAUGCCUAGGCUGCCGUAUUUUAAAAUCUGCUGUUGGGUCUGCAUGGGUCUGAGAGGGCAGAUUUUGAUAUUUGUUGAAAUGACAGGACUACGAAAGGCCUUAAACCUUGACCUUGACGAAAAAAGACAAUUUGUGACCUUGACUUUUGACAGCUCAUGAAUUGGCCUGGGCUGGAUUAGUAGAUCAAGGGCGCCACCUCGCGUUGACAAGCCUCGUUGUAAUUCUUCAACUUCAUGGGAAUCAAGAGCUCUUACCUCCUUGACUCAUUUUACAGAUUUAAUACUAAUUUCUUUGGCUACAGAUAGAGCAAAUUUGAAUAUAUGUAAAUUAUAUAUGUGCCUGUAUAUAUGUGAAUAUAUAUCAUAUUUGUAUACAUGUAUACAUUUGCAUAUUAGUGCUUGUGUGUGCUUGUAUAUAUAUUUGUAGAAUCUGUACAGAUAUACCAUUAAUGGCUGAUGACCCAAGAUAUUGUAAUUUAAGGUGAUUUCUAGAGUUGAGGUACAAAAUGUACUUUACAUGAUGAAGCUUUGCUCCUUUCCUUUAGUGGCCAAGUUUGAUUUGUGUUCACAGUGGCUUACUCUGCAUCAGAUUUCUACAGAUCUGCUUUAAAACUGUACAUUUUUGUUACAGUCUACAGUCUUCUUAAAUAACCAUUCUUUCCUAGCCUUCACCCUCCAAGGUGGUCUAACACCCUAAUUAGAGCUAUCGGGGAGUCUUUACAGCAAAUAAAAAGUUUCAGAACCUUGCUAACUCUAGAGUUCUAGAGUUACAUUUCAGAAAUUCAAAGAAACUCACCUCUUUAGAGGUCAGUAAGGAGAACUUAAAUAUCUGCUAUCUACAAAAUGACCAUAAUAUAGAUGCAGAGGAGAGUUAUCCUGGAGAGCUCAGAGCUGAGGGCUACUCCAGGGUGGUGUGCAAUCUUAUGUUGAUGAUUGUGAAUCUGCCAUUUGAUUUGUGGGAGAAAUAAAUGUUUAAUAUUAACAGCCACCAUAAAACUAUAAUAAUAUUAUAUCUACUGUUGACCCCUAAUAACAUAUUGGUGCUGUAUACAGACUCAUAAAGAGUACAUAUGUUUAUAUAUUUAAUAUACACAUAGGGUAAUGUGUUUUUGUCAAAUCCCUUGCUAUACACAGAUGUAUUAAAAUGUUGGCAGAACCAGUAUCCUUCGGAUGCAGAAUUUUGAGGUGCAGGCUACCUUUAUGUUGGAGGAAAGUAAUAGUGAAUGGAAGAACCAGAUCCAUCAUUUUAUGGAAAACAAUAUUGGUUGGUUACAAAUCUGGCUGACGGAACCUCAUCUGAAGACUUAGAGCUUCUUUAUAGAUGGAGAAUUAUGGAAAGAAUCUCUAAAGCUGUCUCAAAAACAGGCUGGUCUUGAAACACAUAUGUUGAAUGGUCUUGUGAAAUGCAAUCACAUUUUGUUGCCCUGAGGAUUUUUCGAUCCACUUGUGGAAACAAAUGAAAAAUGCUGCUUCAGACCCACCUCCCCACAUCUUGUUCCACGGCUCUCCAUUUCUAAAUAAGCUGCCAUCAAGCCAAAGUAACAACUUUCUCCCAAAAUGUUUAAAGUGGUGGAAAACCCCCUCAAAGCUGGAUCAAACUGUGUGUUUAAGAACAGCUCCAAAGGGGACUCUUCUGUUGACGGGGGAUAUUUUUCUUUAGAUGUAAGAAAUAUUCUGAGCCUCAGGCCUAGGAAGGAGGCCAACAGCAGCUCUGCCGGAAUACCACCCCUUUUGCAAGCCAUCACCACUGCAGGAACCCUGGGUAAAGUAGUAACCUUCUUUCUUUCUCUCUCCGGUUUUUGAAACUGUAAUGACAAGAUAUUUCAGGAUUGCUUUUUUUUUUCUUCCUCCAGUUCUAAAAUAGUUGUUGAUAGUGUCAAUCUUGGCUAAACUCUUUCUUAUUUAAAAUGUCCCUGAAUCUACCAGAUAACUUGAGGUGGGCAUGGAUUAUGAUGGCUCCCUAAUGCCCAGAUAGCAAUCAGUCUAAAACCUUUCGAAAAGAGAUAUCCAGGACACCAGCCACCUCUUGAAAAAUAGGAAUAUUUUUCAAUCAGACAUUGUAUCCAUGGAUAGUGUUGUUGAAAACCUGAGUCAAGUAUUUCUCUUUCCACAAAGGAAACUUGCUGAAUAAAAAAUUGUAAAUAUGGGACUU